AUGGCGGCCAGCUGUUGCGGGGUGAAGAAACAAAAGCUUAACAACUCUAUGCCGGCAAUAUGCUGCAACGGAUCGGCCGUUCAUCCCAAUCACUACAAAAAUGGAUACACAGUAGCAAGCGCAGAAAUGUGCUAUUUUUGUUUUGACGUUCUACACAGCCAUUUGUAUAAUUAUGAUCCGCCCAAAAGUCCGUCUUUCACAAACGAUCCUUAUCCCUUAUUUGUAACAUGGAAGAUUGGCAGGGAUCGACGCCUUCGUGGCUGUAUUGGAACAUUUUCUGCUAUGAAUCUUCAUAGUGGUCUCAGGGAAUAUGCAGUAACUAGUGCUAUGAAGGACAGCCGUUUUAGUCCAAUUACAAAAGAUGAGUUCUCCAAGUUGCACUGUUCAGUAUCAAUACUCACGCAUUUUGAAGAGGCUGCAGAUUACUUGGACUGGGAGGUUGGAGUCCAUGGAAUACGUAUUGAAUUUGUAAAUGAAAAAGGGCACAAGAAAACUGCCACCUACCUACCUGAGGUGGCUGUUGAGCAAGCCUGGGACAGAAUACAGACGAUAGACUCAUUGUUGAGAAAAGGUGGUUAUAAGGUGAAAAGAUCACAGUCAGCUACAGUGACUAUGUAUCACAGAAACAGAACAGCCAUGCAUGAUGAUAGCAAUGUACAGCCUCAGUAUGUGCUACAAACAGACAGCCCGUGGGGUCACACAGACAGACCGUUAGCUAACAACAUUCAGCCCUUCUCUCCCUACUCCCCACCCCAUUAUUCAUUUCCUUCUCGUGAUGGAGUGGAAGGCCCAUAUUGCUGUUUAUGCCCUCCAGCACAAGCAAUUUCCAAUGCAAUGGGCAAACUAAAAUGCCUUCCUAGCUGCCUUUGGCCAUUUUACUCCCCCAGCUGA